GCCAGGGUGGGGGAAAUGAGCUUGAAUUGAUAAGGACAGCUCCCCGCCUCUCGGGAGUGCACUGAGCUAGUCACCAUCGCGCUCCACUGCACUUUUCCAGGAGAAGAAAAGGCUUUAUUUCCUCCAUCAGACUGCUAUUAGCAUAGUCGUUCCUAGGGGCACCACGGAUAAUCGAAGGUUCUCCAAGAUUUGAUUUGAUUUUUCAAAGGCCAAGAGUCGCCCACUUUACUGGUGCUCCCGUCCCGACCUGCCCCAACACAGCUUCCCUCUCCUUUCCCCUCCAAACAAACAGAACUACGAGGAGCCCAGCAGAGGAGGGGACGCACAAGUUGGACUGGAACCUGCCACAGUCGGCUUUCUCCUAGAGCGCCCCCAGCUCCGUACUUCCUGGGCUCUUCCUUUCCUCUGGUUCUGGGCAUGGACAAGAGCCCACGAGUUUACUCGGCCUUAACAGCCCCAUGCACCACUUUGCCGUCGCCGCCGCUGCCGUUGCUGCCUAGCACAGAGUCAGGGUUGUUUUAGGAAAGUGAGAGGGUCUUGUGUGAGUGGGGGGCUGGGGAGAAAGAAGUCGCUGGGAGAAAAGCGGGGACCCAGAUCAGGUUGGCUUCAAGAAAUAAAACCCGUUCUGGUGCUGCUCACGAAGACCAGUACCCUCUGAAUCAUCCUCCAUAUACCAGUGGCAAGAGGAGGUGCUGGACCAGGGGGCAAACUGUGUAUUUAUUGUUGUUCUCCGCCCUCCCCCUCCCCUCCACACCCUUCCCCACCCCAACCACACCCCAUCCCCAUCACCACCUUAUUCCCCCCCAUUACUCCCCCCUCCCCCACCCCUGUUUGCCAGGUUGGAGGAGGGUUUAAAGCCAGGUGCGCUGAGGCAGCUCGCCAUGUCCAGAUCCGGGGACAGGACCUCCACCUUCGACCCCAGCCACAGCGACAACUUGCUGCACGGCCUCAACCUGCUGUGGAGGAAGCAGCUGUUUUGCGACGUGACCCUCACCGCCCAGGGCCAGCAGUUUCACUGCCACAAGGCCGUUCUGGCCUCCUGCUCGCAAUACUUCCGAUCCCUUUUCUCUAGUCACCCCCCUCUCGGGGGAGGGGUCGGUGGCCAGGACGGCCUGGGGGCCCCCAAGGACCCACAGCAACAGCAGCAGCAGCAACAACAGCAGCAGCAACAGCAGCAGCAGCAGCAGCAACAGCAGCAGCAGCAACAGCAGCAGCAGGAGGAGCCGGGGACUCCUUCCUCCUCCCCCGACGACAAGCUGCUGGCCAGCCCACGGGCCAUCAACAAUCUGGUGCUUCAAGGCUGUUCGUCCAUCGGACUACGCCUGGUGCUGGAGUACCUGUACACGGCCAAUGUGACCCUCUCUCUGGACACGGUGGAGGAGGUGCUUUCGGUCAGCAAAAUCCUGCACAUUCCCCAGGUCACCAAGCUGUGCGUGCAGUUCCUCAACGACCAGAUCUCGGUCCAGAACUACAAGCAGGUGUGCAAGAUCGCCGCGCUGCACGGCCUGGAGGAAACCAAGAAGCUGGCCAACAAGUACCUGGUGGAGGACGUGCUGCUGCUCAACUUUGAGGAGAUGCGCGCCCUGCUGGACUCGCUGCCGCCCCCCGUGGAGUCGGAGCUGGCGCUUUUCCAGAUGUCCGUGCUUUGGCUGGAGCACGACCGAGAGACCCGCAUGCAGUACGCGCCCGACCUCAUGAAGCGCCUCCGCUUCGCCCUCAUCCCAGCCCCAGAGCUGGUAGAGCGGGUCCAGUCAGUGGAUUUCAUGCGCACCGACCCGGUCUGCCAAAAGCUGCUGCUGGACGCCAUGAACUACCACCUGAUGCCCUUCAGGCAGCAUUGCAGGCAGAGCCUGGCCAGCAGAAUUCGCUCCAACAAGAAAAUGCUGUUAUUGGUUGGAGGACUGCCUCCUGGACCCGACCGGCUUCCCAGUAACUUGGUUCAGUACUAUGACGAUGAAAAGAAGACAUGGAAAAUACUGACAAUUAUGCCCUAUAACAGUGCCCAUCACUGUGUGGUAGAAGUGGAAAACUUCUUGUUCGUGUUGGGAGGAGAAGACCAAUGGAAUCCCAAUGGAAAACACAGUACAAACUUUGUCAGCCGAUACGACCCGAGAUUUAACAGCUGGAUCCAGCUCCCACCCAUGCAAGAAAGGAGAGCCAGUUUCUACGCGUGUCGCCUGGAUAAACAUUUAUAUGUUAUUGGUGGGAGAAAUGAAACCGGAUACUUGUCCAGCGUGGAAUGCUAUAACUUGGAAACCAAUGAGUGGCGUUAUGUUUCCUCUUUACCCCAACCCCUGGCAGCUCAUGCAGGUGCCGUGCACAAUGGGAAAAUAUACAUUUCAGGGGGUGUUCACAAUGGAGAGUAUGUCCCAUGGCUGUACUGCUAUGACCCUGUUAUGGAUGUCUGGGCGCGAAAACAAGAUAUGAACACAAAACGAGCAAUCCACACUUUGGCUGUAAUGAAUGAUCGGCUAUAUGCAAUUGGAGGAAAUCAUUUGAAAGGUUUCUCCCACCUUGAUGUCAUGCUGGUGGAAUGCUACGAUCCCAAGGGUGACCAGUGGAAUAUUCUGCAAACUCCCAUUUUGGAAGGCCGAAGUGGCCCUGGUUGUGCUGUCCUUGAUGACAGCAUUUAUCUUGUAGGAGGCUACAGCUGGAGUAUGGGAGCCUACAAGUCAUCGACCAUUUGCUAUUGCCCUGAGAAAGGAACCUGGACAGAGUUAGAAGGAGACGUAGCCGAACCCCUCGCGGGCCCUGCUUGCGCCACAGUUAUCCUACCAGCCUGUGUACCGUACAACAAAUGACAUACUGGACACAUCGAAUUGAACAAGUACCCCAUUCUGGGAAGCAAUGGCAGGUGACACAAAUAUUUUAGUAAGGAAAAUUAUGUUCUACAGACACAACUUCCAAAACCCACUUUUGGGUUUAGAUUGAUGCUUUAAAGGCAAACUACAAAAAAAAAAUUCCCCAUUCUUGGACACAUGCCACUCUUGUGAAGCAAGUAGGUAAAAGACCACAUCACAGCUCCCACGCUGACAGACUGCCAACUCAGGCUAGUUUUCACUAACUUGUCCCAACUCCAUGGAAACUCCUCAAAUUGAUCUUCUUUUUGAAAAGGAGAAAGAUAAAUGUCUGAAGACUGCCCCAGAGAGAUCUCAGAGCAGUACUGUGCAUUGUAGUCUACCUGCAUGCGACCUGUGUUGACGUUUUGGAGAUGUCAUAUUCUCUAAAUGCUUCAAAAAUUCACCCAGAAAUGGCCUCUUGGUUCUGCUGGCCAAGCAAUUUUAGAAAAAUCACCCAAAGCUAACUUCUCUUCAUCCACCCUGUCUUCCCAGCGUCAUGAAAGGACUAAGCAAAGAGAGAUGACAAGGGAAGGUAGGGAGUCCAUUAGAGAUCCAGUGGUUAUUGCCCUUCAUUAUCAUAAAUUAGUCAGAAUUCCUCAUUUGGGGGCCCUCAUCAAGAGCUAUUUGUCCAAAAGAUGUGAACUGAGUAAUACGCUACUGCUGCAGUCAAUUCCCUGAGAAUUGUACUUUCCCAUUUUCAGGACCAUGUAAGUAGAGAACACAUUUGUCAUUUGCUCCAAAAGCCAGACCCAGUUAGUAUGGUUAUCAUGGCUUCAGAUAAGAUCAGAAUCAUUUUGGCCCAUGGAAAAUCAGCUCAGAUUGCCCUCUUCAGCCCAGGGACCAGGAACUAGAUUAGUAAAAUACAAUCUUACUUGUUUCUCUGUCACUGAGAAACAUGAAACUUAGAUGACCUUAAAUAAUCCCAGUAAUUUCCAUUUAUUUCAUUUUAGCCCUCAAUAUGUCCUACUGGCUGUAGGACAGCGCAUGAUUUGCCAUCAUGAUUUGUCAUCAUUAUUUGCAAAAUUGGGCGCAUCUUUAUUGUUCCUGUUGAUAAUGCUUACACAGAGACCAAAAAAAAAAGGGGGGGGGGGAUUCUCUUGGCAGCAGCAGCAGCAGCAGCAGGAAUUGGGGAAGGGAGGGAAUAGAAGCAAGAGAGUUUAUAUCUGUCAAAUCAAAAGGGGGAAAAUUGGCAAGAAGAAAAAUUUUAUUUUCAAGCUUUUAGGAGUCUAAUAAUUAAACACCAGUAAAAAGUAAAGCAAAGAAAUAAUGAGAUAAUGAAGCAGUUGGAUCUUUUGAUGAAUGGAUCCUUUAAGAAUGAUGUGAGGCCACAAGUGGGAAUGGCUUGGUGAGACUCUCUCAUUGAGGGGCAUGGAAAGAUGGAGUGGAGGUGCUCAAAUCUGAAGCUGUUCCUACAGUAAAGUGCAAUCGUAAUUGUUUUGUAUUUAUUUGUAUGUUCAGAUCCAAAGGAUCCCUUGUAAAAAGAUAUCCAGUGCAAUCAACUUUCAUCUUUUCCCUUGAAAGUAUAUAUAUAAAAUAGAGAGAGAAAAAGAGAGAGUAACCAGUUACAGUGCUCCAUACAAGACCCUCAGCUGACACUGAUGAGAAGAAAGUUGGCGUCAGGGGCUUUUAUGGUUCUUUGACACCUGUUUUCUUCUGAAAUGUACAACUUAGGCUUUUAAAAGGAUCCUUGUUGUCCUAUGACUGGUUCUUUGUCUUAUUUUUCUUUUCGAUCAAGAUAAAUUUUAGCAUUUAUGAGAACUGUAUGUAAAACUUUCUGUCUUUCAGGAAGGCAUGACCAAGGAAAAAAUGAUAUAACUGAGUAAGUCACAAAGAAUGUAAAUUUUGUACAGUAUUAGAAUGUGUAAAUGACGCUUGCUUGUAAGGGGAAAACUUUAAAUAAAACUUUAUGUAUUAAUUCAACUGUCUGCCAUAUUGCUACUUAUAAAGCAUAUGUAUAAAUAUCUACAUUAAAUUCUUUGGAAGUUUU